GGUGCGAUUUUCAGCAGGACCGGAUGUAGUUUCUGCUGGAAAAAAAUGGCAGCAACCUUGCAUGAGAUGAUUUGUGUAGUUCAUCGGCAAGUGUCAGUUGUAGAAUAUUGAAGGUUUGAUUAUAGCAAUGGAGAUAGAAUAGGUUGUUUCUUUUUUUAAAUAACAUCUGUUUCAAACUUUGCUGUACUAUUAUGAUUUCGUUACUGAAAUCGGCUUUUUGUGGAGUAGCUAGUAGGACAACUGGGAGUGCAGGUCUCUUUCAAGAUCACCUGAAGGUGUUGUCUGCCGGUCUGAAGACAUACCCUCUGCCGCCUGACUACAGUGAUGUGGUGCUACCUGAACGUCCAAAGCUGAAAUUCAUGAACAAGGUACCCAACUUAAAGAAGAUAAAGAAGGAGAUGAAAUGCCUUCGCGAUAUCCGAGGCCCAGCACAGAAGGGCACCACUUUCACAACGGGCCAGUAUGGCAUUGUGGCCUUGGGUGGAGGUUACCUUCACUGGGGUCACAUGGAGAUGAUGAGACUGACGAUCAACCGGCAAGUAGACCCCCGCACUACCUUUGCACUGUGGCGUGUCAGUGGCCCCUACAAGCCAAUCACGCGCAGAGGGCUGGGCAAACGCAUGGGCGGCGGCAAGGGAGGCAUUGACCACUACGUGACGCCCGUGCGCUAUGGGCGGCUGAUAUUAGAGGUUGGCGGUUGCUGUGAGCUGGGGGAAGUGGAGCCAUUUCUCUCUGAAGUGGCCAAAAAGCUCCCCUUUCCUGCCAAGGUGGUGAGCAGGGAGAGCCUGGCAGCCAUGCAACAGGAGGAAGCGGAGAGAGAGCAAAACAAUCAGAACCCCUGGACCUUCAAGAGGGUGGUCACCUCAAACAUGCUGGGCAUUCGCAAAGUGCUGAGUCCUUUCGACCUGCACAACCACGGCCGCUUUUCCGGCAAGUUCCACAACCCAGGCAGAGUGUGAGGCAUGGCAUCCGCACGGUGCGCCAGCGGCACUCCGCUGCUCCGUGACAUCAGGAGAACGGACACUGAUCCCUGCAAUUCACGGAGGCACAAGUUGUCUCAUAUGCAGUGCUGUGUGAACCAUUCCUCAUUUCAUAGUUCUCCAUCUUGUGAGGUCACCAAGGACUCUUUAUGGCACCAGUGCAGUGGUUUUCACUAGCAGCAGUGUCACUGGACAAAGGUCACUGGAAGUCAUUCAAGUAUAUUAGCAGCCAGUGGGAACUGUCAUUGGUGCCAUCCAUUUAUACCCCUGUUGGAAAAUGUAAUUUUGCAUUUGCAAAUAAAUAAACCUAUAUUAACCCAGUA